AUGGGCGACGGCGACGAGGAAGAGUUGUCCGAUUUGUCUUCCGAUAACUCUGAAUCUGCAAAUCUGUCAGAACUCGCGGCGAUCCUCCGUCUUCCCCCGACAACCACGAAGGCCAUCCAGGAGAUAUUUCGCGAGGGUACAGAGGUCCACCAUUGGUUAUCCAAGUUGGAGGAUUCACUUUAUCAACCACUGCCUCCGGUCACUUGCUCGGAGCAGGCCCUCUCCCACGCUUACUGUCGUGUACAACACGACAUUCCUAGGUCCGAGCUGGACAAGUGUCUCAGUGAACUUGAGUUCUAUCACCAAAAGCUGGAGGGUUGGCGAGAGGACCUGAACAAUCUGAUGACAUCUCAACGUGAGAGGUUUGAAAGACUCAAUAGAAGUAACCAAAGGCGUGGCAGCCGUCUACUCUCCGGUCACUCCUCACUCAACUUUGUCUCCGAUUGGCUCGAUAUGCUUCUACUGAGAGACCACGACAAACUCGUAGAUAAGGUGGUGAUCUCGUCACUGGAUAACUACACGCACGGACGGCGUUUUAUUAAUGAGGAGUCAGUUGGCACUGGGGGAUUUAUUGGAACACUUGAUUGGUCCUCCUGUCCAAUCAGUUGGCGAACCGCGGUGGAACGCGAACUCAACUGUCAGUUGCGUUGGCUUGACUUGAUGAACCUAGCGGAGCACGAUGCGCGAGUUCAGUUGCGAGAGACGGCCGAGCUGGCGGGACCGGCCCUCAAGGAAUCACACAGACUCAUUUUUGACCUCCUGUGCAGACAGAGAAAAUCCCAACAGCAGACCAUGAGG